CGUCGUCGUCGUCGUCGUCGUCGUCGUCGUCGUCGUCGUCGUCCGUGGCUCUUCCGUCGUCGUCCUGGUCCGCGUCCUCGUCCUCGUUGUCGGUCGUCGUCGAGCAGGUCGAAAGCCGUGACGGGCUCCAGCGAAUGCGGCUUGUCAGUGCGAUCCUUAAAUUUAACUUUUUCAUCGGCCAGUCUCAGCAUCACACGGCGCGCCAGUCGAGAUGCAGCAGAGGCCGGCAGCGCACGCCGAGGCCAGGGACGCGGAGCUGGGCAGGCUCCUGGAGGAGAGGCUGGCCCAGAGUGCCAUGACGGAGGAGGAGGGCGCCCGGAUCCGCGCGGCGCUCGACAGCUUGGAGGCCACCUUGACGCAGGCCGGGGAGGAGUGGUGCGUGAGGCCCUUCGGCAGCGUGCCCAGCACAUUCCACACGCGCGGUGCCGACGUGGACGUGACCUGCUUGCGCCGGGGCGGCCUGCCCGCUGGCCAGACCCCGGCCAGCCUCAUGUCCGAGAAGAUCGGCCCGCUGUUCCGGGAUCACCCCCGCUUCAAGAUCUUGGAGCAGGUUCUGCGUGCCAGGGUGCCCAUUAUAAAGCUUCGUUUCGACGACCAGCUCGACGUGGACCUGUCCUGCCAGAACACGAGGGGGCUACAGAACACGCGCCUCCUGCGCGGGUACGCGCAUCUCGACGACCGGGUGCGAAGCCUCGUGAAAACGGUGAAGCUCUGGGCGAAGGUCGCCGGCGUGUGCGGCGCUUCUCGUGGCAGGCUGUCGUCUUAUUCGUUCGCGCUCCUCGCAAUCUACUACAUGCAGGUGGACCAGGAGGUCAGGCUCCCGAUCUCGAAGAAGAGAGGCCUCCCCGUGGCGGCAUUCCGAGAGGAGGCGCACGCGGGGCAGGACGACGAGCGCCUCGUGGCCGCGUGCCGCGGCCGCUGGUCCUGCGCGCCGGCCCCCGCGGAGCUCCUCGAGCGCUUCUUCCGGUUCUACAGCGACAACGGCAGCUUCUGGGAGGGUCAGGAGGUGGUGAGCGUGCGCCUUGGGAAGAGGCUCGCCGCUACGGAGGCACGGUUCGGGAGCCUGCACGGCAGGCACGCCUGGCGCUUACACAUCGAAGACCCGUUCCUCCUGGAGCGCAACCUCAACUGCGUGCUGGGCCGCCUCCAGGAGAGGCGGAACUGCGGGUGGCCUUUGCGGAGGCCGCCCGCCGGCUGGGCGCUGGCGCGCUCCCGGUCGGGCUCGGCGCGGAGGCGCCGAGCUGUGGGCCGACGACCUGCAGGAGCACCCUGGCGGAUCCGCGCGCGCUCGCUCUCGCGGAGGUACCGCGGCAGGGCAGUGCGAAAGGCACCAGCGAGGGUCACUGGGAGCCCGCGGACGGCGCGCCCGGCGGCACGGCGGCGGACGAGAGCGAGGGGUUCGGCGGAAGCCCCGACGGCGGCAGCCCGCAGCGGGUCACGUCGGCAGUGGAUGCCCACCGGGGCGCUGCUUCCCCCACGGCAUCCACCGCAGGGGACGGCGGCGCCCUGGACUCACCGCAGCAGGCCCCGCCUCCCCCGCUGAGGUCCCAGCAGCAGGUCUUCGCCUGGGCGGAGGCUGGAGCCCAGGCAGGGGCACAUGGCCCGGUGCCGUGGCAGUCUCUCGAGAAGUUCGGGGCCUGGAAGCCCAAUGCCGACGCGCCCGUGUUCGUUCCAGCACGGCCCAGCUACGCCCCUUCCGACGGCGACGGCACCCUGGCCAGCGACGGGGACUACGCGACCGCUUGUCAAGCAACCUCCCAAGCCGUCGCACACCCGGCGUUCACGAAGGCGUACGGCAGGCCCCCAGGAACGUUUUGGCGUGAGGGCGAGGUCAGGCCCUUCGGCGGCGCCGGCGCCGCCUCCCGCGACGUGUCUGGCGCCACCAGCGCGGAGGUCGGCCGCCCUUUCUGCCGAAGGCCGCCUCGCCCAGGGCGCCGAGGCCGCGCUCCGCCGCUGCCGUUCCGCUCCGCUCCGCCUCCCCCGCCGAGGUCGCAGCAGCAGGUCGUCGCCAGGGCGCAGGCUGGAGCCCAAGCAGGGCCACACGGCCCGGUGCCGUGGCGGUCUCGCGAGGCGCUCGAGGGCCAGCGCGACGGCGGAGGCCUCGAGCAGUCUCCGCGGCUGCAGUGCCAAGCCGUCGGGCCCUUCGGCGGCGCCGGCGCCGCCUCCCGCGACGUGCCUGGCGCCACCGGCGCGGAGGUCGGCCAUCUCCCCCGGAGCGCCGAGGCCGCUACGCCGCCGCAGGAGGCCGCUGCCGCCAGCGCGCCGUGGCAGCUCUGCAGCGGCCGAGCUGCUCCGCAGGUGGCCGCUCUGCCGCCAGCCGCACCCCUGGAGGAGGCGCACAGAACGCCAGCGUCCGCAUGCGGGAUCUACACGGCGACAGUGGCCGCGGCCCCCGCCGUGGUCUUGGCCGUGGCUCUGGUCGUGGGAACCAUCGCGGGGGUCCCGCACCACUUCAUCGAGCUCAUGACGGGUCAUGGCCACGCUGCCGCGCUCGCGCGCUGUGGCGACGUUGAGGUGCUGCGUGCCGCUGCUCCUGGGCUCCUGGCGGCUGCGGCCCAGGGGUGCCACGGCGCGUCCACGGCCGGGGCCCCGGUGGAGCGUGGGCGGGCAGGGCCUCGCGUGGCCGAGGAGGCAGAGGCGGGCGACUCCGAGACCAGCUUGGCCGGCCACGGCCACGCGUUCUUGUAAUCAGCUGGUCUCGGCGUGCCCCCCCGCCCCCCCGAAGGCCGAGCCCGCCGCCUCUCGUGCUCGCCGCCCAAGGGGGGGGGGAUGGAGGCCGCCCAGUUGCACUGGGUCUGCCUCUGCCCCUCCCCCCCGCGCCAAGUAGCGUGGUGUUCUAUAUAUACUCGGCCCCUCCCCCCCGCGCCAAGUAGGGUGGUGUUAUAUAUACUCUGCCAGACAGUGCCCCGCAACGCCGCAGCGUUACGUCACGCGCAGAGGCAGUUUGCGCCGCCAUCAUGUCCCGCGAAUUUUUUACCGAGGCGGUUCGCAGCUUCUGCGCAGUGGCCUUCUGCAUCCUCUGCGCGUCAUCUGCCACCACGGUCUCUCUCUCUCGCGAGCGUGACCGGAUAAGAGCCAAAGGUCGGUCGGCCGCCCGCUGGCCACCUCGCACCGAUCCUGGGCCCAUAGAUCGGGCCCGGGUCCGGGGUCGGUGAGGUGGUCGGCCAACGCCGCCGGAAAAGGCAGUAGUAGUGUACGACCCUUGGGCGUCGCCUACUGCCUGUUUUUAAAAAGCCUGCGGCCCCAGACUUUAGGGGACCCGAGUGACGCGUACACGUGCGCGCUCUCGCGUGCGAGCGCGCACCCGAGCGAUUGCGACGGCGGGGCGCCCAGGGGAGACAUCGUUCGAGGAUCGGGCUUCUUGAGCAUCUUCUUGUCCUCCUCGGGUCUCUCCACUCCGCCUCCGGCUCCUCGUGAAUCCCGCUGGGCCAGCUUGCACCCGUACCUUCAAGCUGUGUGCCCUUCGGGUAGCCCCCGCGUUGCCACCGCGGGCCCCCGCGUUCUCCUCGGGCACCUCGCUUGGCCAGCGUGGGGGCCCCACCCACGUUUCAAGCUCCCGCGCGACCCGUAGGAGCAGCCGGGCGGAGCGCCGGCAGGGCCGCAGCGCCGUUCCUGCACGCCACGCGCUGCUCGUCUUAGGGCCAGCGCAUCCGCGUUUUUUUGGGGGGGGCUGCUCUGACUGCCUCGUUAUUCGACAACCUUGCUGGGCCUGCCUGCGGGCCCGGCCGUCCUUCGGGACCUUCCUACUACCGCCGAACAAAUAGAAUAUCGAAGACGCCUACGGCGAACCACUGCCUCCUCCUCCUCC